GAGCAUGCCAUUGGCCAGAGCUGCGUUAGCCAUGAAACGUGCGCUGUGAUUGGCUGUGCGUAAGGCGGCAGGAAAUCCCGGCUCGGUUGCAUCCCUUCCCUCAGGAAAGAGGAUAGACUCACUUCAAACUGUGUGAAUGUGAGCCAGGCUGUGCUAUAGUGGACUUGUUUGCAGACGCUGGAGCUCUUUAAAGUUUAGUGGCACAGUUUCACGCCACUGUCAGGCAGAGAAGGAGAGGUCAGUGAGUGGAGCCCACGCAGUGAGACCCUCUCCACAGACGCUCUCCUGCGGUGCACUGAAGGGGUUCCAGGCCGACCCGGGAGCCAUUCUCAGCCCAGAGCCCGAUGGCCGGCCUCGGCUUGCUUUGUGCCGUGCUCCUGUGCGCCGGUGCGGCGCAGGCCAAACCCACGAUCAGGAAAGAGAGAGUUCUCCACGACCCAGAGCUGAGCAGGCAAGCCCACGAAGACAAUAAGAGCUACCAGUACGACCAUGAGGCCUUUCUGGGCAAGGACGAGGCCAAAACGUUUGACCAGCUCACUCCUGAGGAGAGCAAGGAAAGGCUGAGCAAAAUUGUGGACCGAAUAGACAGCAACGCAGACGGCUACAUCAGCACAGCCGAGCUCAAGGCCUGGAUAAAGCGCGUCCAGAAGCGCUACGUGUACGAGAAUGUGGCAAAAGUGUGGACAGAUUACGACCUGAACAAAGACAACCAGAUCUCAUGGGAUGAGUACAAGCAAGCCACUUAUGGAUACUAUCUGGCAAACCCAGAGGAGUUUGAGGACGCCACAGACCAGUUCAGCUUCAAAAAGAUGCUUCCUCGAGAUGAGAGGAGGUUUAAAGCCGCCGAUCUGGACGGCAACCUGGCAGCAGACAGGGAGGAGUUCACAGCGUUCCUCCAUCCGGAAGAGUUUGAACACAUGAAGGACAUUGUGGUUUUGGAAACGCUGGAGGACAUAGACAAGAACGGCGAUGGACAUGUGGAUGAGGACGAGUACAUUGCCGACAUGUUCGCACACGAGGACGGGGGUCCAGAGCCAGACUGGGUCAAAACCGAGAGGGAGCAGUUCUCUGACUUCCGAGACUUGAACAAAGACGGGAAGAUGGACAACGACGAGAUCCGCCACUGGAUUAUGCCACAAGACUACGACCAUGCCCAGGCUGAGGCCAGACAUCUGGUGUAUGAGUCCGACCAGGACAAGGAUCAAAUGCUGACGAAAGAGGAGAUCCUUGAGAACUGGAACAUGUUUGUCGGAAGUCAGGCCACUAAUUAUGGAGAGGACCUCACCAGGAACCACGACGAGCUCUGAGUUCUCCACA